CAAAUGUGCAAGCUGCGGGCCGCGGCUGUGCUGCAGGCAUUUUGAUUUGGAUCCGGUGACAGUAGUGGAUUCGGAAAGCGGGGGCGAACCAAGGCCAUCGCCGGCACUGUGCGCAAAACACUUCCUGUUAAGGGGCACACCAGGACUGUAGGAUUCUGAAGAGCCUUGGGCGCAACUUUGGGUGUUUCGACCUCGUCGUCUGUAGCUCGACGUCACCGUGGGCUCUUCACCUCGCACACUUUCCACUCCUCGCUUCAAAUUUAAAUCAAAUAACUGGGGCAAGUCCAAUUUACCAACUGCAUAGCAGCAGCUGCAGAGGCAGGGCAAUGACGACCAUAUCGGACGUUUGCGAGUCGAUUUACGACCUGGUCCGGAGGAUCGGCAGUAUAGUGAACAACGAUGACGAUAUACAUGGCGGUGGGAGUGUCAGUGGACUCACUGAACAGGCCCGACUCUUGCAUCGACUCCUGCGACGAUUAGAAGUCGCCAUCUCCGGCUGCGAGCCCUACCUCCGCGGCGUGCGUGUGUGGGGGCCCCUCAAGGAGGUGGACUCGGUGUUGUCGGCGCUGCUGCAGGCGCUGCGCGACGCCGCCUGCAAGGGCCGCCUGGUGGGCUACCUCACCGCCGACCGUGUGCUGGCGCGCUUCACUGCCGCCGCCUGCCGCCUGGACCUGGCGCUGGCGCGGCUGCAGGACGAGACACGCGGCGGCCCCCCCGUACACAGCGGCAGUAGCAGCGGCAGCAGCGGCAGCCUGAGCGGCAGUAGCAGCAGCUUUAGCAGCGGUGGCGCUGGCGCUGGCGGGAAUGGCAACGGCAAUGGCGCGGGGGGCGUGUGGCUACCGGCGGAGGCUCAGGAGGAGCUGGCGAGUGUGCGGCAGCUGCUGCAGCGCGCGCGCUUCGCCCUGCCGCCCGCGCACGGCCACACGCUGGGCCGCUACCGCGCGGCGGCGGACGGGCUGGCUGCCAACUGGGGCGUGCUGCUGGAGGCGUGCGGCGGCGUGCUGCAGGCCACCCUGCAGGCGCCGCUGCUGAGCAGGCGGGUGUUUGAGGAGGCCCUGUCGGAGCUGCAGGCGGAGGCGCAGCUGCAGCAGUACGUGGCGGCGCAGCUGCAGCAGCAGCCCCAGCCCCAGCAGCCCCAGCUCCAGCCCCAGCCCCAGUCCCAACACCGCGCCUGUGCACCGCCGCUACCGCCACCACCACACCCCGCGGCCCGCAGCGCCGCAGGCGGUGUGCCGCCGCCGGGGUCGGCGGCCGCCGCCGCCACGGCCGCCACGGCUGCGGCCGCGGCUCGUGCGGAGCAGGACGCCCAGUACCUGCGUGUGCUGAUGGACGUUGUCCGGGCGCAUCACGCGCACCCCGACUGCGACGCGCCGCUGGAGUUCCUGUGCCCGCUCACACAUCGCCUCAUGCAGGAGCCGGUGCUGCUACACGACACGGGCCACAGCUACGAUCGCUCGGCGCUGGAGGGGUGGUGGGCCGCCGGGCACCGCUUCUGCCCGCGGACAGGCGUGCCGCUGCGGCGCCUCAACACCAGCCCCAACCACAACCUGCGCUCCGCCAUUGAGCGCUGGCAGCUGCACUGCGAGAUGCAGCUCAGCUUCCGGCCUGUGAUCGACACGCUGGUGACACAGCAGCUGCAGCAGCAGAAACAGCAAUGCAACAAGCAGCAGCAGCAGCAGGCACAGCAGCAGCAGCAGGCACAGAAGCAGCUGCACCAGCUGCAGCAGUCGCAAGGCGUGCAGAAGCAGCAGGGGGGCGCGGCGAGCAGCCUGGAGCAGCGGACGGUGGGUCUGGCUGAGCGGCUGCAGCGACUGGCUGUACUGGAGGCGCCGCUGGAGGACGCAGCGCCGGCGCCAAUGCCCGCGCCGGUGCCGGUGCCGGUCCCGGCCGCUGUGGCAGCGGCAGUGGCUGCCCCUGCCGUCCAGGCGGCGACAGCGGGCUGUGUGGGCCCUGCGCCGCCAGGCCCCACGGAGCGGCACCUGCAGCAGCAGCCGCGCCUGCAGUCGCAGCGGAGCGAUGACCAGGAGCUGAGCGCCGGGCUGCUCAGGGCGGCGGCAGCCGUGGUGGCGGCGGCGGCGGCGGGCGCGGGCGGCGGCGCGGGCGUGGGGGCGAGCGCGGUGGGUGCGCAGCACGCGUACUCGUGGGGCGGGGUGCCGCUGGACGUGCGCAUGGCAGCCGCCGUGGGCUCCUCGGACGUGCCGGCGGCGCUGCUGUGCUUCAGCGACGGCGGCGCAGCGUACGGCUGCCUGGGCGCUGCCGGCCGCAGUGGCAGCGCCAGCAGUGUUGCCGACAGCCCGCACCUGGACACGCCGCAGCGCGCCGGCAGCGCGCAGCUGGGAGUGGCAGACUGCGACGUCGGCGGCGCCGAUGUGGCGGCGGCAGCGGCUGUGGGCUAUGGCUCUGGUGCGUGUGGGAGUGGCGCAGUGCUGCGGGGCGGCCCUGCUCAGCAUGGCUUGGUUUCGGCGACAGCAGUGGCAGUGGCGGCGGCGGCGGCCCCGGGCGGGCUGGUGCCUGGGGGCGGCAGCGGCAGCCUCAUUAGCUUCAGCUCGGUAGGCGCGGCAGUGGCGCCGGUGGUAGCAGCUUGAACGGACGUGAUGCCGGGGAAAACAUGGCGUGAUAGAGCGCCGUUGGUGAUUGUUGCACACCGUACACUUAUCGAGGAUACAGGCAUGGUUACUUGCAGGACGAUGAUGUGAUAGUGCAUGGGGCCAUGAUGGGUAGGUCGGUGGAUAGAUGUAGUGAUUAGCUGCGUGCGUCGAGAUUGCGUUAAGAAGCUUGAGAGCAGGACUGUACUUGUGUGCUGGUGAUUGUGGAGCUACCAGUGGGCCACCCCUGCUCGAAGUUGCAGCCCUUUAAAGGAACACUAAUGUCGCGCGUUUCGGACUUCGGUACUCAUGAUGAUGUGUGCUUCUUCAAGACCUCAAGCCGUGAACGGCUGCUAUUGCACGUUGACCGUUGGUAAGGGUGGAGCUGCAGAGUUGGCGGGGCGCUUUGGGGAGCUGCGCACAGCCCCCACCCGACGGACACCAUGCACAUGCAUGUUGGCGUGGCCGUAGGACUCCCUGCCUUGAGCGGUGACACUAGUGAAUUUCACACGUGCAGCGUACUGAAGCAGUGAAGGUGUAACUGAGGGUCGGAUGCAUUUGCAAUCCGAGCCUUUGCGCAUUAACGCGCCUGGCCGCCCUGGCGUCUUACCCCGAGGGCUGUUCCUGAUGAUCAUCACGGGAAUGCCAGAGAUGGCGGCAAGGAAGCCACGAGGCCAUUCCCUCUCCCUAUG